AUGGCUCCAGCUUCAGGAAUUCUCAAGUCAAAAGCAGCCCCCGGUGCUUCGGGCUACCAGCCAGUGUAUCAAGAUGAGGGUGAUGGCCACGAUGAUGGCCCUAGGGAGCCUCCCGUUCAACCAAUCAUACCGCGUGGCCCAAUUCGUUCAUACAGAAACACCAUAAUGCUUCUAUCAGGCCUUGUCGUUAUUCUUAUGGCCAUAAACCUCUAUCUUAGCCUCCCGCUUGCCUUCUCCGGCUCCGGUCCCGGCUCAUGUCCGGGUGACCCACCCCGAGUUCCCCAGUAUUUUCAGACGUCGCCGCAACUAUGGCCUGGUGUUACCGAAACUGGAAAGCCGGCUUUCAUGGCCCAAACCCAUGUCUUUGAGCCUACUGCCACCUUUGUUCCCAAUGAUCCGUUGCAGACAUCUAUCCCCAUCGAAGGCAUGAAGGAGGGUAACCGAAGCAUCUUCCAGAUGAUGGGUUACCUGAGUCCUUAUUCUCCUUCUACAGGCUUCGGCGUGGACGAGUAUCCAAUCCCUCCAGGUGCUGAGAUCGUUCAGGUCCAGAUGCUUUCUCGCCAUGGUGCUCGAUAUCCAACUCCAGGUUCGAACGUCGCAACCCUUGGUGAGCGACUUGCCAAUGCUUCGGCUGGUCUCAAGACCAGUGGUGCCCUUGAGUUUUUGAUGGACUGGAAAUAUGAACUCGGAAAGGCUAUCCUGGUCCCAAGGGGUCGACAGGAGCUCUUCGAGUCUGGCGUCUUGCAUAGUUACAUGUACGGUAGCUUGUACAACCCUCAAAGCAAACUCAUCGUCCGAACUACAACUCAGGAUCGCAUGCUGAAGUCUGCAGAAAACUGGAUGGCUGGCUUCUUUGGCCUUGAGUGGACCAAUAAUGCCACUAUCGAAGUGAUUAUCGAGGCCCCUGGUUUCAACAACUCCCUUGCUGGAGGACUGAACUGCCCCAACUCCGACAAGGCGGACUACGUGACUCCUGUAGCCGCAUGGUAUGAGAAGUACCUCAAAGACGCAACUGCCCGAUUCAAUAACGUGACAGAGGGUUUCACAUGGACACCAGCAGACGUCUGGGCUGCACAAAACAUGUGUCCUUAUGAAACUGUUGCAUACGGCUUUAGUAGAUUCUGUGACCUCUUUACAUACGAGGAAUGGGAACACUUUGGCUACUCUAUCGACCUUGGAUUCUCGUCGGGGGCUGGGUUCCAAAGCCCAGUAGGCCGAGCCACUGGCCUUGGCUACCAGCAAGAGGUCAUGGCAAGGCUAAAGAAUCAUACACUUGGUUACUCUGGCUCCCAGAUUAACACGACGCUGGAUAGCAUGAAGGAGACAUUUCCUCUGAACCAAAGUCUUUACUUUGACUUUUCUCACGACACCAACAUUAUCUCUAUCCUGACAGCCUUUGGCCUUCGCCAAUUUGCUGAGGAACUUCCUACUGACAAAUAUCCCGGCGAACAUGAGUUCGUUGUCUCAAAGCUGACUCCUUUCGGUGCGCGCUUAGACAUCGAAGUCAUUAAGGCGCCCAGCCCUGUCUCACCAGAGAGAGACGGCUACCUCGAUGGCAAGGAGACCAAGUACAUUCACUUCGUGCUCAACCAACGCACUGUGCCUCUAGGCAGGAGUUUUCCGGAAUGUGACGUCAACCGUAAGGACGGCUGGUGUGACCUGGAUACAUUCAUCGAGGUUCAGGACAAGAUGGCAGAAAAGGCGCAGUUCGACUACUCUUGCUUCGGAGAUUACUCGUCAUUACCAUAUGGCAAGGUAACAGACGGUGUGCCGCCUUCUUGA